CAAUCCAGUAACGAUGACUACGCAAAGAACGCCACCGUUUCAGCUAAUGUCCGCCUCGUUAAAACUGUGCAAGUGGUUUGGACUUUGGAACGAGUCCAAUCUGAGCAGACCCUGUUGGCAAACCGUAUUCGUCAUUUUUUGUCUGCUCUUUUGGUACAUACUACCAGGAUAUCUGUACAUUGCACGUGGCGAGAAAACGCUUCAGACUCUUCUGAAGCCUAUUAUAGAGAUUUUUGCGAUGUCCGUAAUUACGAUUAGGUGCAUCUAUCACAUAUUCAACCGUAAGAAUCUCCAAGAGUGUUUCGUUGAUCUUCAAGAAGCAAUAUCCGCUUUCAAAAACUGUCCGUAUGAAGACGUUCGACGAACUUUGAAACAUUUGCAUAAAUCAGCCCACUAUGUCGUCAAGAUCUACGUAUCCAUCGUGUUCAUCCAAGCCAGUGCCUACGGAGUAGUUCCCGCUGCUCUUAUCACUUACCAGUAUUGUACGUCCGAUGAGAUGAUCCAAUUACCAUCAGCGGUGAUGGACGCAGACUAUGUACUGUUCGACCAAGUGCGCACGUUGCCUGGAAAAUGUACUAAACCCUCUGCUGGCAUUAUGGUAUUGUACCUGCAUAGUUCAAACGUGUUAUUUGCUGUUUGUCGUCAGCAUGGUAUGACGCAUCCACAGUGCUGCGUCCAACGUGGUUCUUAAUUAUUCUAAUUCCUGCAGAUCGAUGACAUGGUCGUAAUCGCAUCGAUGAUAUUCGUUCUGCAGUAUACCAUAUUUCUCAUAUUUUCGUUCUCGAUGUUGGGAGCUGAAGUCAUGGAAGAGAGCGCUCGGGUGUCCGAUGCCGUCUACAAUUCGAAUUGGUACAUGCGAAUGCCUGCCGAAAGACGUCUGCUGUGGUUCAUGAAGCUGAGAUCGGAUCGACCGGUGGGCAUAACUGCUGUAAAAUUCUUCUUCGUCAAUAGGUCUACUUUUGCGGAGGCCAUGAAAACGGCUUUUUCAUUUUUCACUAUUAUGCGGCGGUUCUACGGAGAAGAGUAGUUGCUGUAAGUUUCAUCAUGAGAGUUCGAAUGAUGUAUUAGACAAAACUCUUGCUCUUAGUAUUGUUUCACACUACUUUUGUUCAAAUUCAUACAUAUGAAACGCUAGGGUAAAGCUUAUUAGUUUGAUUUGAUUGCACAAGGUGGAAAUUGUGUAAGAACGAUCGGACCGUAACACUUAGACGGAAGUAUUAUAAUUUGAAAUCAAAUUUGACAAAUUGAUUUAGAUUGACGUGCAAAGUCAUCAAUGACAAAAGAACAGGGGAUAGACAAAAUGGUUGAGAUAGGCAAAU